GGGCCCCAGUUGCAACUCAGCAAGCCAUCCGUCCGUCUCUGUCUCUUCUCCCAAUCCCGUCCAUUUCAAGCACGAACCCGAGAAGGAGCGACCGAUUGAACCAACCCAACCCACCCGCCCCCAUCCGCCUCGCCGCCGGCGAUCGCCGGAGAUGUCAUGGCUCGCCCGCUCCCUCGCCACCCCCCUCAACAUCCCCGACGAUUCCGACGCCGACGAUGACCCCGACGCUGCCGCCACCAACCCCUCUCAGUCCGCGCGCAUCCCGCCUCCGCCGCCGCCUCCGCCUCAUUCGCUGCAUUCGUCCGCGGCGGAGGGCGUCAAGGAGGACCUUACAGAGCUAUCCAAAACCCUAACGCGCCAGUUUUGGGGCGUCGCCAACUUCCUCGCACCACCGCCCGGGGAGACCUCGCCCUCGCCCUCGCCCUCGCCCUCCCCUCAAUCGGCGGGGGACCAAUCCGGCACUGCGGGGACGCCGCCUGAGAUUGCCGGGAUCCGGAGCGACAUCGCAGAGAUCGGUGGGAGGUUCAGGAGCGGGAUCUCGCGGAUCUCAAGUCACAAGGCCGUGUCUGGAUUCUCUAGGUUGGCCUCCAAUUUCUUUGCUCCUGAAGACGACGAGGAAAACGAGUGGGAGGAAGAGCAGAAACGAGGGAUUAGGUAUGAGAUGGGGAAGGAGGGGGUAAGACAUGAAGUGGGAGGCGACGAAGUGUGGCAUGAGUGGGAGGAGAGGGUAAGACUUGAGGUGGACGACGGCGAGGUAAGGCAUGAGUUGGUGGAUGGUCACGAGUUGGAGGUGGAGAGAGUAAGGCAUGAGGAGGAUGGUGAAUUGGAGGAGCAGAGAGCAAGCCAUGAGGAGGAUGGUGAAUUGGAGGAGAGAAUAAGGCAUGAUGAAGAGGAGGUGGAGGACCGGGAUGUGAUCGGAAUCACUGAGGAGGUGCUUGCGUUCGCCCAAAACAUCGCUAGGCACCCAGAGACCUGGCUUGACUUCCCGCUGCUACCUGACGAUGAGGAGUCUGAUGGACCAUUCUCAUACUUUGACAUGUCUGAUGCUCAACAAGAGCAUGCCUUGUCUAUCGAGCACCUUUCUCCCAGAUUAGCAGCUUUGCGGAUUGAACUGUGCCCAAUCCAUAUUAGCGAAGAGUGCUUUUGGAAAAUUUACUUUGUUCUUCUACAUCCUAGACUAAACAAGCAUGAUGCUGAACUUCUGUCUACACCACAGAUUGUGGAAGCUAGGGCAAUGCUUAUGCAACGUUUGCAAUACCAAUUAAAGCUCGAAACAGAACAGCUAUGUCAUCAUAAGGAUGCUCGUGGAGUUCAGUCAGAAGAGGACACCUUAAAAGAUAGUACACAGGCAUUCCCAUCUAUGCAACAGCAAGCUGCUACUGUCGUACCCAUACCAGAAUUUGAGAUUGAAAAGCAUCCUAUCCAAGUAACUGAAGUUGCAGUAGUGGACAAAUCGGUCAUCAAAGAGCAGCUCCCCAAGGAUCAUACCGAGGCCUCAAAUGUUUUAAAAGAAACCUUUGAUGACGACAUAGACGUUUGGUUUGACGAGGAGGCCGAUCUUGCUGGGCACCCCACUAUCCACAUAGGUGACGAGGAAGAUGUGUCUUUUAGUGACUUGGAGGAGGAUGAUGUGAAAUGAUUUUAACCUGUGUAUUGAGAAACUGGACUUCUCUACUGUACAAGAAAAUGGAGAGGUGCAAGUUGUUUGUCAAAGGAAUAGGUUGUACAAUGGAAAAACAUAGCUGGUUUUACCUUGCUUCCAAGCUGCCGGGGUGAAUGCACUGUGAUCGUAUUGCAAGAUAUAAGUGGGGUGCUACGUUCCACAAGCAUAACGGUUUGUAAUUUUAUUCAUACUCUUGUGUACAUAAACAUUCGUGGUGUUACAAGUUGACAACAAUAAAGUUUCAUUCUUUUGUUGGUUGUUCAAAGAA